CGCCGCUGUGACGGCACCCCCGUGUCACGACAACGCACGCCCGAAGUCGCCGCCGCGAGACACGACGCGACGCACGAACAACCGGCCAAAACAACACAGCCCCAUUCGACCGUCGCGCGACAGCAGUGACCGCGUUUGUGUGUGCUUGUGACGCCAGCGCCAUGUGACAGUGCCGCCGGGCGAGCGACGACAACAUGGUGCGCCGGGAUGACUUGGCCGCUCCUUUUACAGGUGCGGCAGGCUGACACCCCAAGCAUGGCGGUGCCGCUCGCGGUGCCAUGGGCCCUGGCGGCGCGAUGAGUCUCUCCCUGGCCCCGCUGCUGCCGCUGGCCCCGCUGCUGCUGCUGCUCCUGGCCUCGGCGCCGUGCUCCGCGGACUGCCCGUCCCUGGCCGAGAACCAGCUAUGCCCGUGCUACUCGUUCGAGGGCGCGCUCUUCCUCGAGUGCCAGGGCGCGUCGCUGGGCUCGCUGCGCGCGCUGCUGCAGCUCGUGUCGGAGCCCGUCAAGUCGCUGAGCGUGUACGAGCUGGACGCCGGCGUGACGGCGCUCACCGCGGACCUCUUCCCCCCGGGUGCCGUGGUGCGCAGCCUGCAGAUCUCCAACUCGAACCUGGAGGACCUGAGCGAGGACGUGUUCCUGGGGCUGCGCGCGCACCUCGUGUCGCUGAGCGUGGUGGCGGCGCGGCUGCAGCAGGUGCCGCGCAAGGCGCUGGCGGGGCUGUCCGAGCUGCGCCACCUGGACUUUGAGUCCAACCAGAUCGCCGACCUGCCCAGCUACUGCUUCCACGGCCUGCAGCUCACCAAGCUCAACCUCAAGGGCAACCUGCUGAACCGCACGUCCGAGUACUCGUUCGCCGGGCUGGAGGACACGCUCACGGACCUGGACCUGGCCGAGAACAAGCUGCGCACCUUCCCGAUGACGGCGCUGCGCCAGAUGGUGCGCCUGCAGAGCCUGCGCCUCGCGUGGAACGAGGUGACCGUCAUCCCGGACGACGGCCACUCCGAGCUGCGCGCGUUGCUGUUCGUGGACCUGAGCUCCAACAGCUUCGAGGAGCUGCCCGGCGAGGCGUUCCGCCCCAUGCCCGCCCUCAAGACCCUGACGCUGCACUACAACGCCAUCGGCACGGUGCACCGCGACGCGUUCCGCUCGCUGCGCGACCUCGAGUUCAUCGACCUGAGCCACAACAAGAUCGUGCUGCUGCACGCCGAGACCUUCCGCGCCAACAAGAAGCUGCGCUCCGUGGACCUGAGCCACAACCACGUGCACCACAUCGGCGGCGUGUUCGAGCAGCUGCCCGAGCUGCGGGAGCUGUUCCUGUCGGAGAACAACAUCCUGGAGGUGCCGGGCGACGCCUUCACGGACUCGUACAUGCUGACCGUGGUGUACCUGCAGCAGAACGCCAUCCGGCGGCUGGACGCGCGCGCGCUCACCACGCUGCCCAACCUGUCGCAGCUGCACCUCAGCAAGAACUACCUGUCGGCGGUGCCGCGCGACGCCCUGGCCCGCAGCGAGAAGCUCACGUCGCUCAGCCUGGACGACAACCGCAUCGCGCGCCUCGAGCCCGGCACGUUCACGCGCGCGCACGCGCUGCGGGAGCUGCGCCUGCAGAACAACAAGCUGACGGAGAUCCAGCUGGGCGUGUUCGAGCCGCUGCCGCACUUGCUGGAGCUGCACCUGCAGAACAACGCGCUGGCCAGCAUCGCGCCGGGCGCCUUCCGGUCGCUGCAGAGCCUGCAGCACGUCAACCUGCAGGGCAACAGCCUGGCCGCGCUGGGCGACGUGUUCCUGCACGACUCGCACUCCCUCGUGUCCGUGCAGCUGGACGCCAACACGCUCACGGCGCUGCACAAGGACAGCCUGCGCGGCCAGUCCAGCGUGCAGAUCAUGUGGCUGGGCCACAACCGCCUGACGCGUGUAGGCCGCGCGCUGUUCCGCGACCUGUCGCAGAUCCAGCGCGUGUACCUCACCAACAACAGCAUCUCGGCCAUCGAGGACGGCGCGUUCCAGCCCAUGAAGGCCCUGCGCUUCCUGGACCUCAGCCUGAACCGCCUGGCCAACGUGUCGACGCGCACCUUCGCCGACCUGGGUGACCUGGAGGAGCUGAACCUGGCCGGCAACGGGCUGCGGUCCAUCGAGACGGGCAGCUUCGCCACGCUGCGGAAGCUCAAGGCGCUGGACCUCUCGGACAACGCGCUGCCCGCCCUGGCGGAGGGCGUGUUCGACCAGGGGCUGCCGCUGGAGAUGCUCAACCUGCGCAACUGCUCGGUGCGGCGCGUGGACAAUGGCACGUUCGCGGGGCUGGGCAGCCUGCACGAGCUCAACCUGGAGGACAACCUGCUGGACGCGCGGGCGCUGCUGGACCUGCACGUGCCCACGCUCAUCGUGCUGCGCGCCUCCGGCAACGACCUGAGCGGCUUCCCGGCCAACGCGACCCACGGCCUGCCCAGCCUGGAGCAGCUGUUCCUGGACCGCUGCGGCGUGACGCAGCUGCCCGCCGGCUUCCUGGCCGAGAACCGGCGGCUGCGCCGCCUGGACCUGUCCGGCAACGCCAUCACCGGCCUGGACGCGGACCUGUUCGACGCGGUGGACAACCUGCGCGAGCUGCGGCUGCGCGGCAACCGGCUGGCCGCCGUGCCGUACGCCGCGCUGGCCAACAUGUCGAGCCUCGAGCUGCUGGACCUGUCCGGCAACCGGCUGACGGCGCUGGACGCCGGCAAGCUGGCCGAGCUGCACAACCUGCGCGACCUGGUGCUGCGCGACAACGCCAUCGCCGCCCUGGACGGCGCCUUCUCGGCCGCGCAGACGCGGCUGCAGCUGCUGGACCUCAGCGGCAACCAGCUGUCCGCCGUGCCCGCGCACUUCCUGCACGCCGCCGCGUCGCUGCGGCAGCUGGACCUGUCCGCCAACCGCUUCCUGCACCUGCCCGGCGAGGCCGUGUCGGAGCGCAACCUGCCGUCCCUGCAGUGGCUCAACCUGACGGCCAACCCGCUCACCAGCAUCCACGACCCCGCGCCUCCGGCCGGCAGCGCGCCCGUCCGCUUCCCCGCGCUGCAGGAGGUGCACAUCCGCGCCACCAACCUCACCCUCAUCACGUCCACGGACUUCGACGCCUUCCCCGCGCUGCUGCACGUCUUCCUGGGCCGCAACCGCAUCGCCAGGGUGUCCCCGGGCGCCUUCCGCUCCGUGCCCAAGCUGCUCACGCUGGACCUGAGCCACAACGUGCUGGAGAUGCUGCCGCAGGAGCGGCUGCAGGGCCUGCGCUUCCUGCGCGUGCUCAACCUCACCCACAACCACCUCAAGGACACGGACGAGUUCCCCGCCGACCUGCAGUCGCUGCAGAUCCUGGACCUGUCGCACAACGAGGUGACCCGCGUCACCAAGAAGACCUUCCGGCACCUGGACUCGCUGGAGGAGCUGCACAUGGCGGGUAACCACAUCGCCAGCGUGGCCAGCGACGCGUUCAAGCCGCUCAAGAAGCUGCGCACGCUGGACCUGAGUCAGAACUACCUGGAGAACCUGCCGCUGAACGCGCUGCGCCCGCUGGAGACGCAGAUUCGCAGCCUGCGCACUGAAGACAACCCGCUGCACUGCGGCUGCCAGCAGUGGGAGCUGUGGCAGUGGUUCCAGGACCACCAGAAGCUGUCGCAGCCCGAGCUGCGCUGCGAGUCCCCCAAGGAGCUGCGCGGCGCCGUGUUCCUGGACCUGCAGCCGCCCAAGUUCUGCGGCGCGCAGCUGGUGGUGGCGCUCGCCAUCCAGGACAUCCAGCCCGACUCUGUGCUCGUGUCGUGGCAGGGCGCCACCGGGCCGCUGCGGGGCUACCGCGUGGCCUACCACAAGCUGGACCACGACGACAAGGUGCGCGGCCGCAUGCUGGGCAGGGAGGCGCGCAGCACGCGGCUCAGCUCGCUGGACCCCAACACGCGCUACCUCAUCUGCGUGCUGGCCGUGGCUGGCUGGGCCUCGGACCCCGCGGCCCCAGCCUCCACCCCCGACGCGGCCGCGGCCAACGCCACGAGGAUCAUCAGCGACGCGGACGCGCAGGACGGGCGCGUGGAGGGCCGCAGUGCGAGCGCGCUGCAGCUGGUGGACUCGCAGACGUCGCGCUGCGCCGAGGUCCGCACCCUGGACGGCGGCGACCCCACCGGCGCGUCCACCGGCUCCUUCCUCACGCGCCGGCUGGGGCUCAUCGUGGGCUCCUGCAUGGGCUGCGUCGUCUUCCUCAUCCUCAUCGCCACGCUCUCCUACACCAAGAUCCGACAGGGCGCGAAGCGCGCGCAGCAGGAGAGCAGCCUGUCCAUGUCGUGCCACCCCGUGGCGCUCUACACGUCCCACGAGGACGGCGUGUUCGCGCAGCCGCUGUCGCUAAACUCGUAGCGGUGGGACGUGUUCUCCCAGCCGGGCUUCCCCGCGCAGGCCGUCGCCAGCUCCACGCUCGGCCUCGGCCCCGCGCAGCCGCAGGGCCCGCAGGCCUCCACGCCGACGGCCUCGUCCUCGGCGCAGAGGUCGCCGCGGAUCCUGACCCCCAUGUCCAGGGGAGCCCGGUCUUUCAGCGACUCCAGCAGCCAGCAGGGCCAGCAGGGCCAGCAGGGCCAGCA